AUGGGAAACCAGAACUCGAAGGAGGGCGGCUCGUCCUCAAGGUCGGGCGCCGGCCCAGGCGGCGACCGCGGAGAAGGCUUGCAGUCAUAUCCUUCCUUCAGCAGGUCCGACACCAAGGAAUCGUCGCGUUCGUUCAAAACUCUCCGAUCUAAGAUACCUGGCUCAGGGAAGACGGACAGCCCACGAAACUCAACCAUCCUGUCGAACGGCGAGGAGAAGUCAGAUGCUGCUUCUGUAAAAUCCGGCCGGAGCGCAAAAUCACGAGGCAGCGUCAUUUCGGCAUCUGCGCCCCAAUCCCCCGAAGCGACGUCUCCACUAGACGAGCAGCAACCACCUCCAUCCCCCAUACAGUCUGCUUCCAUGAAGGCCGGACACGGAGAUAUCAGUGCCGCCCAGGCUUCGGGUGAGGUCGACCACGUCUCUGACCAACCGCCAUCCGGCGCGGUCUCGUCGAACCCCGACGUCGCCGCCCAACCUGGGGCCUCCAUCCUCGUGAAGAAGGACAACACAAUCAACCCCAUUUUACCAGAUGGCAACGGAACCAUGAUGGGUGAAUCGCCUGGCAACGUAGCCAUCAGUGAUAUCAAGGAUAUUGAUCUGGACGAAUUCAUCAAGCGCCUUCUGGAUGCAGCGUACAACGGCAAGGUCACAAAGAGCGUAUGUCUUAAGAAUGCCGAGAUCGUGGCCAUCUGCCACAGAGCACGCGAGGUAUUUCUAUCCCAGCCCGCGCUGCUGGAAUUGGACGCACCAGUCAAGAUUGUGGGUGAUGUGCACGGUCAGUAUACGGAUCUCAUUCGCAUGUUCGAGAUGUGUGGUUUUCCACCAAACUCGAACUUCCUGUUCUUAGGCGACUACGUCGAUCGAGGAAAGCAGUCCCUGGAGACAAUCUUGCUGUUACUCUGCUACAAGUUGAAAUACCCCGAAAACUUCUUCCUGCUCCGAGGCAAUCACGAAUGCGCCAACGUCACGAGGGUUUACGGAUUUUACGACGAAUGCAAAAGGCGAUGCAACGUCAAGAUCUGGAAGACAUUCAUUGAUUGUUUCAACACACUUCCUAUCGCGGCCAUCGUCGCUGGCAAGAUUUUCUGUGUACAUGGCGGGUUGUCGCCUGCUCUAGGUCACAUGGAUGACAUUCGCAAUAUUGCUCGACCCACAGACGUGCCGGACUACGGGCUGCUCAACGAUCUUCUCUGGUCCGAUCCCGCCGACAUGGAACAGGACUGGGAAGCAAACGAGCGAGGAGUCAGCUACUGUUUUGGCAAAAAGGUCAUUACUGACUUCCUUGCUACUCAUGACUUCGAUUUGGUAUGCCGCGCCCAUAUGGUGGUUGAGGAUGGAUAUGAGUUCUUUACGGACAGAGUUCUUGUCACUGUCUUCAGUGCUCCCAAUUAUUGCGGCGAAUUCGAUAAUUGGGGUGCUGUGAUGUCUGUCUCCUCCGAGCUUCUCUGCAGUUUUGAGCUCCUAAAACCCCUGGACUCUUCAGCUCUAAAGAGUCACAUAAAAAAGGGCAGGAACAAGCGCAACACAAUGCUCAACAGUCCGCCUGCCAGUGUUCUGCCUCAAAGUGUAUGA